CUCUUGGGGGAGACUUUAAUAAGCGACCUACACUUAUUGUUUAUACUGGAAAUUACGCAAACUAGUUGUCUGGUGUUUGUUUUACGAAUUUCUUAAAUAAUCAAAUAUGCUUCCUCUUUCUCUACUGAGGACUGCCCAGAACCAUCCCAUGCUGGUUGAACUGAAAAAUGGGGAGACUUACAACGGUCAUCUGGUAAGCUGCGACAAUUGGAUGAACAUCAACCUUCGGGAAGUUAUAUGUACAUCAAGGGACGGUGACAAGUUCUGGAAGAUGCCAGAGUGUUACAUCAGAGGGAGCACAAUCAAGUACCUGCGGAUCCCUGAUGAGGUGAUUGACAUGGUGAAGGAAGACAUUGUACUCAAAUCUAGAGGAAGAGGAGAAAUGAAGGGGAGGGGAGGGGGUCAAAGAGGAGGCCGAGGUGGUGGCAGAGGGUCUUUCGGUGGGAGAGGUGGUCGGCCAGGAGGUCCUUUAGGAAGGGGAGGAACUGGUAGGAACCCUCCCAACAAGAAUAAGGGGAAAUAAGUCAACAGUACAUAAUAUUUAACAAUCAUGUACAUAGUAAUUUAAGUUAAGAAAUACAAAAUAAUUUAAGAUUAGGAUUAACAAUGUUUUGUUGUAUUCCAUUUAUUUUUUGAAAAUUAAAUUAAAUUAAUUGUUUCAUAUGAAAGUGAUAAUGUUUAUGUUUUCUUGUUUAGUAUUAUCGUAAUAAUAAAACUCAAUAUACUAUUCUUUGGUAAAAACUGC